CCCACGGAGGCCAAGGGCACCGGGCGGGUCGUCCGGCCUCACUCGCUGGCUGUGACCCGCUGGCUGUGACCCGGGCAGGGGCCCUCAGCCUCUCCACGGCCCUGGCACUGUCGGCGAUGAACGGGACAGUGACGCGACCUGCAGGGCAGCGGGGGCUUAGGGCCCGGGCUCUGCGCAGAGCCGUGAGCGGCACAUCCAGUGACCGGGCGGGCGGUCGGGCUGGGCGGCCUCCGUUUGAAAUCCCAGCUCUGCUGCGGCUCCUGCUAUCAUCAUCAUCACCAUCACCACCGCCGCCACCACCAUCACCACCACCGCCGCCACCACCAUCACCAUCACCGCCACCGCCAUCAGCACUGCCACCGCCACCACCGCCGCCGCCACCCCCACCCCCAUCACCGCCACCACCCCCACCCCUACUGCCACCACCGAAGAUGCAGGGGCUGUAA